AUGCUUCACAGCCUCACGUCGUCAGGAAAUCCCACCGGAAACGUUACAGACGCCAGCAUGCUGGAGAGGCGGCGGGCUCAAACGAAGUGGCAACAAGAGCAGCUGCAGCAGCAACAACGUUACUUAGAGGAAACAGACUUGGGCGCCGUCUUUUCCGGACCGCAGUUUCAGGGAUUUGCCGGAGGCGAGGCGGGUUUUAGUGGGUUCGUGAACCAUUCCUCGAAGGUCGUCCCCGGAUUGGACAAUGGAUGGCCGGAAUUAGGGAAUUUCGCCGGCGGCGGGGGGCCCGUCGGCUGUGGGUUUGGAAUAAACUCCGGAAUCUCGAGAACCACCAGCUACCCACCGGUCGUGGAGGCGUCAACGCCCGCCGUGGCUGAAGCGAAACAGAUCUUGUCUGUUCUGACGGAGAAGACAAGUUCUAGCGGUGGGAGGGAAGGCUCGAAGAAGAGGAAAGCUGACAAGAACCAGAACAUAAAGGCAAUAGCAGAAGAAGAUGCCAAGCAAAAGAGGGUCAAGGAAUGCCCUGAAGCGGGAGAGUCGAAGACCGAGCAAAAUAGCAACAGCAGCAAGAGCAACACCAGAGCCGUCGGCCCCGGCGCGGCUAAGAGAGAAGUUUCGGGCAAAGCUUCAAAGGAGAAUUCGAGGGUCACCGAGGUAAAAAAGCCCGAUUACAUCCAUGUCCGAGCUCGCCGAGGCCAGGCCACUGACAGCCAUAGCUUGGCUGAAAGGGUGAGGAGAGAGAAAAUAAGUGAAAGAAUGAAGUUUCUGCAAGAAUUGGUACCGGGCUGCAGUAAGAUCACAGGGAAGGCUGGAAUGCUCGACGAAAUUAUCAACUAUGUGCAGUCCCUUCAGAGACAAGUUGAGUUCUUGUCCAUGAAACUGGCUGCAGUGGAUCCAACUCUUGACUUCAAUAUUGAUGACAUCUUGGUUAAAGAGGUUUUUCCAGCAUGCCAAUCCAAUUUUCCCUUGAAGUGUCUUCAGAAAUGA